GGGACAGCUCUGACAUCAUCAACACAUGGUAGUGGGAGGCGCAGAUUAUAUAAUCUUCAUAGUCCAGAUAAGCUUCAAUUAUUAUCCAGCAUCGUUAUCGAGACGCCGGCUCUCUACAGCUUAGUACAGUUUUCCGACUACUGCAGAGGCGAGAUCUACAGAUUGCAAUGGGCCAACGGUCGCUGAUCUGCCUGCCGCUGCUGCUGCUGCUGCUGGGGCCGCUGGGGGUGCUGCAAUCCAGAGCUAUGGCCAGACCCACGCCCACCCCCCCACUGAGAGCCCCCCAAUCGCUGGCACUGCUGCGGGCCCGCGACCAGUGCAGUGCGCACCUGAGUCACGCCCAGCGAAUGCGCAUGGAUCGGAUGCAGUAUGAGAAUCUGCCGCAUGUGCAGCGAUACGUCCACUGUUUCUGGUCACGCCUGCAGCUGUGGCACGACGGCACCGGCUUCGAUGCCCUCGGCAUCGUCCACAGUUUUGGAGGGCCGCGGCGCCUGAAUGUGGAGCAGGCACUCCCUGCCAUCAAUGGGUGCAAUGCGAAGGCGCGAAGAGUGUCGCAUGGAGUCUCGGACUGGUGCUACAGAGCCUUCGCCUGUGUGUUGAAGACACCGGUGGGCGAUUGGUAUCGCCGGCACAUGGCCGAUGUCAUCAACGGAAAUGCCUAGGAGACGUCCACAUCGGAUCGGCUGUGGGUAGCAGUAGGCUGAGCGCAGUACAGCGUAACUUGACCUUUUUUGGAUAGGAGAUAGCUGCCAAAAUCCCGAAAAUAUACACAUUUACGUUGAAACAAAA